ACACAGACAUAGAACCAAAACACACAAUCUCAAAAAAACACUAACUAGGGUUUUUCGAUUAAAAAAGAAAAAAUGGUGGGAGGGUUGAGGCUCUUCACUCAGAGAGUCGGCGACGGUGCCGGAGCUCCUUUUCUCGAUUCCGGGAACGGCGAGGAGCUCAUCCACGUCCAGCCUUCUGUCUCCAUCGUCCUCGCCAACCAUCCUCCCGACUCCCCAGGCACUCUCUACAUCUCCUCCAAGCAAGUGGUGUGGUUGAGCGAUGUGGACAUUGCUAAAGGCUAUGCGGUUGAUUUCUUGUCUCUGUCACUUCACGCUGUGUCCACCGAUCCAGAGGCUUAUCCCUCUCCUUGUAUAUACACUCAGAUUGACACGGUUGAGGACGGGGAUGACUCAGAGGGCUCAGACUCAGAAAAUAACGGAACACUAGACUUGUCAAAGAUCACUGAGAUGAGGCUUGUGCCAUCAGAUCCUAAUCAAUUGGAUACAUUGUUUGAGAUAUUUUGCAAAUGUGCUGAACUGAAUCCUGAACCUAUUGAAGAGGUAGAGGAAGGUCACAAUUGGUUUUUUAGUGCUGAUCAGAUGGUAGAUGAAGGCACAGAAGGAGAUGAUUCUGGGUGGCAUUUCUUUCAAAAUCCCACUAACUCAAUCGGUAAUUCAAAUGGGGAUCAUGACCUAGCUCAUUCGGUGCUUGAGCUUCAAAUUAGUGAUGAACGGUUUGAGGAUGCUGAAGAGAUGGAGGGUGACAGUAAUAGCAGCCAUCAAUGAGCUUGUUUAUCCAUUACGUUGUUUCAUGUUACACAGGAGCUGGGGAGUGACAGUAACAGUGGCCAUCAGUGGGCAGUUUUAACUUGUCUAUCGGCUUCAAAUGUUUCUUUUAUCUGUGUAAGAUCCCCUAUCGGAGUUUUUAUGUAUAUUUAGACAGUUGGCCUACCAUUGCUAGUGAAUGUUUUUUUUAUGCUACCCUCUUAUUGGCUAUUGCCUAUUGGGCAUAUCACCAAGAUUGUACGUGGAAUCAUACCAGUUUUUACCAAUGUUACAUUUUAGGACCUUUCUUUUAACCGUCGUUUAAUGUUAACCCUUUUAUGUUUUUGUUGC